GAAUGGGUCUUUCUUUUUCUUUCUUUUUUUUCCCUCUUUGUCUGUUAGUUUGACCCUCUUCUUUCCCCAGUUGUCAGCACCGUAAGUGGAUAAGCCGGAUGGGACGAUGCCAAUCCAGGCACCCCCGGAUGACUUCCUCCCUGACAGUGACAGGUACACCCACUGAAAAUCAGUCUCUCUCUCUCUCUUCAGAAUACGUUACCCUCCGCGGAUGCCGCCGUCGCAGUGAUACUAUGACUCAGGGGAAAAAAUCAUGCAACUCCCCUCUUUUGCUUGCGGGGAAACUCAAAACCGUCACAAACGCAAGCCGAACCCAUGGCGUCAUGGCGGGAGACGCGGGAACCAAAGCCUGGAGAGAGGGGCAAAAGCGGAGCUCCCACGGUACAGUACGAAAAGGAGACUGGAAAUCCAUCCACUCACAUCGAAGCAGCCGACUUCUCACCUCACCCUCCAAAACUUAUUCUAUAGGCCGCACGGACAACCCGGGUCGGUCGACUAUCGUAUUCCUGGAUGGGAAGGAGGGGUGAUUGGUUCCUGAGGAACCGACGGGCACUAGUCGUGAUCGGGGCUAGUAGUAGUCACUACUACUAGUAAGUCGGCAACCAGUGACGCAGAAUAAUA